UGCUAAUUGAAGGCACGGGGAAAGUCACAUCAGGAUCAGCCUUUUAACAUUGAGAACACAUUAAGCAACAUUGCGUUAUUUGCGGUCCGAAAGCGAAUGGUAAUAACCUGGGAGCAUUAAUCAUCCCCAGCAUCUCUCGACCGUCAUAUAGCUACAAGCUGCGAAGUUUUCCGGAAGUUUUCAGUUCACUUCCAGGCGCGGAUACAAAAAGUGAUUACUUGGGCCAUGUUUGAACGGAGCCGCGAACAGGAUGCCGAGGGACGCUGAGAGACACGAUCGCACCGUCCAUGUAGCCCAGGAGAAAUUAUCCCAGUUCGACACGUAGCACCGUCCUUGGUCGAGAUCCUUGGGAUUCGGUGGAAUCGUGAAUAUUACGCUACCGUGAGUCUAGAACGAACGAUUCCUCGAGAUGAUACCGGGAACGGCGGGCCGGUGGCUGCUCUGCGCGGCGCUUACGGUCGCCCUGUGUCAAGGACAGGAGGACUGGAUGCAGUGCCCGUCUGCGUGCAAGUGUAAAUGGGUGUCCGGCAAGAAGACCGCCGAGUGCAUUAAGCAGGAACUCACGCAGGUGCCGAGGGACCUCUCACCCGAGAUCCAGUAUCUCGAUUUGAGCGGCAAUCGUAUAACCCGCCUCGUCGAUGACGUGUUCAACCACGCCAAUCUGAAGAAUCUGCAUAAGCUGUCGCUGCGCGAAUGCGGAAUCGAGACGAUACAAACGGGCGCGUUUAACAACCUGAAGAUCGUCAUCGAGAUCGAUUUGUCGAGCAACAAUAUCCGCACCCUUCAUCCGGGCACCUUCUUCGAAACUGAGAAGCUGCGGGUGCUGAUGCUCGAUCACAAUAAGCUGAGGACGCUGGAGGAUGGCCUGUUCGUCAAUCUCGAGUAUCUGCAAAAAGUUUUGUUGUCGAACAACAGAUUGGAACGUAUUGGGGAGAAUACGUUUUACAACUUGCCGGGUUUACGUACCCUCGCGUUGAACGGCAACAAUUUCAACACCCUGCAAGCGCAGAGCUUCGAGAGCCUGACCAAGCUCAGCAGCCUCGAGCUCUCGAAUAAUCCGUGGAACUGCAAUUGCCAUCUCAAAAGGUUCCGCGACUGGGCGAUUCCGCGUAAGUUGUACACACAUCCGACCAGUUGCCGGCAGCCAAGCCACAUGGCCGGCAAGCUGUGGGACGAAGUUAGCAGUGACGAGUUCGCGUGUAGACCGAAAAUCACCAACAUCUUGCCGGAUUCCAAAAUCGAGAUGGGCAAGGGAGAUGUGACGCUCUCGUGCAAAGCGUCGGGUACCCCACGUCCUCAGCUAUCAUGGACGCAUCGUAAUCGCGUUUUAAACAAUCACACCAAACGCCAAAGCGACAGAGGCUACAUAUUCUCAUCGGGCCACGAAUGGCUGAAUCUCACUAUUAUCGACGCGCUGCCCGUCGACAAGGGUGACUACGUCUGCCACGCGAAGAAUCCGGGCGGCGAAGUCGAGAGAAACGUGAGCCUGUCCAUCGUGGGCGACGCUCUGGGCGGCAGGGAGAACUUCAUCAGUCUGCCCCUCGCCAUCGGGCUGGGUGUCACCGCGCUCUGUUUGCUGAUCGUCACGGUGGUGCUCUGCGUGUGCUACUGCCGUCGUCGUCGCACCAGGCAUGAUGAGAAGGGCCUCGAGGCGGCGUCCCUGGAGCACCACGGCCUCGGCGAGCAGGAGAAGUCCCUGAUCACGACCAUCAACCCGGUCGUGAAGCCGCCGAGGCGCUACGAGGCGCCGUCGGUGACGUCGCACGGCACGGAGAUGACGGAGCUGAAUCGCACGUUGCUCGACAACGACUCGGUUUUCGCUGACGGUGUCGGGAGCGGUGUCGUCGGUGGGGUAGGCGGCGGCUUAGGCGACGACGAGAGGGAUCACGAACGGGCCACGCCGGUAACUCGACGGGGCGGCGUCGGCGGCGGCGGCACGUUGCCGCGCGGGGGUGCCGAUUACCACCACCGACAAUAUCCGCCGGAUCUGCUGGCCUUCUCCGGCGGCCGCGGCGCAUCGCCAACUAGCCAGGCGUCCACGGCGCCCGACAGCACGCGUCUGCCUAGUCAGCAUAUGAUAGCACCGACGCUGACGACGACGACGUCGGCUGCCACAUCGUACGGCUCGCCGCCGUCAGGCCAGUACCACCCGGCCGCCUUCAAGACGCUGCCGCACAGCCGCAGCGCGACGCCGUACGGUCUCGGACCGUCGUCGUCGUCGUCGCCGAUGGCGCCGAUGUUACCGCGUCACGGCUACGUGACAAUCCCGCGGCGGCCGCGGGCGCCUAGCUGGAGCAGCGGACCCCCGACGUCGCCCACCGACGUCCUCGAGCCGGUGUACGACAAUCUGGGGCUACGCACCACGGCAGACGGCAGCUCGAUGCUGUCGCUCAAUAAGAGCCCGGAACCGGCGCCCUCGUCCAUGAGGGGUCGGCCGCUUCCGGUCACGCCGAGCGGUUCGCACUACGGCACGAUCCAACGUAGCACCCCGAACAUCCUGACCAGUAAUUCGUUGGAUCGGUCGGCGCCGGAGGGCGCGGCCGAAUGGCCGUUCAAGUUGACGGACGAGAGCCUGGACGGCGGUCAUCUGCUGCUCGCGCAGCAGCAGCAGCAGCAGCCAACGCAGGCAGCCGCCAGCAACACCCUCGGCAGGAAGGUGCCGCCGAGACCGCCGCCAAAACCCAAGAAGAAAUCCGCCAACGGACCGACGCUGUACGAGGACGAGGGUGAGGACGGCACGGAAGUAUGA